AAAUACUAUAUCACUGAACUUUAUAAUUUAUAACUCGGACCGUUGUGAGUUAUACGAAAGAAGAGAGGAGACAUUUUUUGGGGUCGAUAUCUUGAAAAUGGGAAAGAAAGAGCAGAAGGAUCAUCAUUCAACAGUAGAGAGCAACGACAAGGUCGAAGCUGUUCUUCAUCUCCUUCGUAAACAUUCUCCUCUAACUCUUAAACAGGAGAAGUUCUGUAACAGAGCUUGUGUCGGUAGGUUCUUGAGAAUAAAAGGAGACAAUGUGAAGAAAGCAGCUAAACAGUUAAGGUCUUGCCUUUCAUGGAGAUCUUCUCUUGGCAUUGAGAGCUUGAUCGCCGACGAGUUCACGGCGGAGCUUGCUGAAGGUCUUGCCUACGUCGCUGGUCUUGACGACGAGUGUAGACCCGUUUUGGUUUUCCGCAUUAAACAAGAUUAUCAGAAGCUACAUACGCAGAAACAGUUGACUCGUUUGGUGGUAUUUACAUUAGAGGUUGCAAUCUCAACCAUGUCCAGAAACGUCGAACAAUUUGUCAUCCUUUUCGAUGCUAGCUUCUUCAAAUCAGCAUCAGCUUUCAUGAACAUACUUGUGACUACACUUAAAAUAGUCGCAGAGUAUUAUCCUUGUCGUCUUUUCAAAACCUUCGUCAUUGAUCCUCCUUCUCUUUUCUCCUACCUUUGGAAGGGUAUUCGCACAUUCGUGGAUCUAUCAACGGCUACGAUGAUCGUAUCAAUGCAAGAUUUUCAAGACUCGUUUGACUACGACGACUUCUCUUCAUCUUACCCAUCACGAGUCUCCUCCCUACGAUUCGACACGUCAUCACUCAAAUCAACGGACAAGAUUGGUUCCUGCGCAUCCUCUAGGUUCGCUUUCACCGUAUCCCGCGACGGUCUCGACACAGUCAAACCAUGGUGUCUUACGUUGACUGACACGUCAUCAUCCAAACUAGGACACAACACAGGCGCGUAUAUCUCACCGCUAAACGCGCGUUCUUUCUCUUUCGCGUCACCGGCGGCAAGAAGCGAGCCAUUCGGUGGUCCAAGGAGGAGUUUCUUUGCUUCCACUCCGAUGCCAGCUAGGACCACCGACCGUCACUCUAUCGGAACCCUACGUGACCCGCGGAUACCUCGCCCGUCUUUCUUCCAAUCUCCGGCGGUUUUCUUCAGGCGAGAGUCACACGUCAGCAAAAGUGAGAAGCCACGAGAUUCGUUCGUUCAGUUUCUCAAGUUCUAUCGUAGACCGUACGAUGAGAUGACUUAUAGGUCAAAGAUGAGGCCACCGCUCGGUGGUCUUGUCUCCAUUGUUUCAACUCAGAUUAGACGCCGCCACGUGUCUUUAUCUCAACGGUUCUAACUCAAAAUUAUCCAAAUCCAUCUAUUAAAGUAGUAUAUAAACUUUUGCCGUGAUU